CUUAGCGAAGCGAGCAUUCAACGCUUUGCAAAAGCAAAAUCUUUCUGAAAACCUUUUAACGAUUACACGAAUCAAACAAGAUUUUUUCAUAAAAAGUGAUAGCAAUAAGGAAGUAGCGUCUUUGGGUGUGGGAUCGGAGGAGUUUUUCUCAACGGGACGGCAUUAUGGAUCAGGACUACGAGUCCAGGCUGCUAAGACAAAUCAACAUCCACAAUGACAACGCUAGCCCAGUGAAAGCUUAUGGAGGGCUGCGAGCUCUGUCACCAGCCAGCUCCCCACUGUCCUCCCCGAGCAAGCACGGCGAUCGCUUUAUACCGUCGCGGGCCGGAGCCAACUGGAGCGUCAACUUCCACCGCAUUAAUGAAAUUGAGAAAUCACACAAUCAAAACAGAAAAACGAAAGAUGGCACAGCAGACAGCAACAAAGCCGAUGGUCUAGCUUACUCUGCACUGUUGAAGAAUGAGCUACUAGGAGCCGGUAUAGACAAAGUCCAGGAUCCCCAGUCUGAGGACCGCCGUCUGCAACCAUCCACUCCCACCAGGAGGAGUCUUUUUAAAUAUUCAUUGAGUACUAAAAGGUCUCUUGAAGAAGAUGGGAAUGCAGUCUCUCCAUAUUCUUUAUCACCUGUCAGCAGCAACAGCCAGAAACUGCUACGCUCACCACGGAAACCCAUGCGCAAGAUUUCCAAAAUACCGUUUAAAGUUCUCGACGCUCCAGAGCUUCAGGAUGACUUCUACCUCAACUUAGUGGACUGGUCUUCUCUCAACGUGCUCAGCGUGGGACUGGGCACUUGUGUGUACCUAUGGAGCGCCUGCACCAGCCAGGUGACGCGACUAUGUGACCUUUCAGUAGAAGGAGAUUCUGUAACAUCGGUGGGCUGGUCAGAGAGGGGCAACCUGGUGGCUGUGGGGACGCAUAAAGGAUACGUGCAGAUAUGGGACGCCGCCGCAGGGAAGAAGCUGUCUGCACUUGAGGGACACACGGCUAGAGUGGGUGCCUUGGCAUGGAACGCAGACCAGCUCUCAUCCGGCAGUCGUGAUCGCGUCAUCCUUCAGCGGGACAUCAGAGCCCCGCCUCUGCAGUCUGAGCGCCGGCUCCAAGGACACCGGCAGGAAGUGUGUGGUCUAAAGUGGAGUACGGACCAUCAGCUGUUAGCGUCUGGUGGGAACGAUAACAAGUUGCUUGUGUGGAACCACUCCAGCGUCCUCCCGGUUCAGCAGUACACGGAGCACUUAGCUGCUGUGAAGGCCAUCGCGUGGUCUCCACACCAGCACGGCCUGCUGGCCUCCGGAGGCGGCACGGCGGACCGCUGCAUCCGCUUUUGGAACACUCUGACUGGCCAACCCCUGCAGUGCACCGACACCGGCUCUCAAGUGUGCAACCUGGCCUGGUCCAAGCACACCAACGAACUGGUCAGCACACAUGGUUAUUCCCAGAACCAAAUCCUGGUGUGGAAGUAUCCAUCCCUCACUCAGGUGGCCAAGCUUACAGGACACUCCUACAGAGUUCUCUACCUGGCCAUGUCCCCUGAUGGAGAGGCCAUUGUGACAGGAGCAGGAGAUGAAACUCUCCGCUUCUGGAACGUCUUUAGUAAGAUGAGAUCCACAAAGGAGUCUGUGUCAGUACUGAACCUUUUCACCAGGAUCCGAUAGUGAGCACUCCCUCGUCUGUACUAUUGGGGAUUUUUUUUUUUUUUAAAUGGGAAUUUUUCUUUGCAUGAAUCGUGUCCAGGCUUUAAAUAGCCAUCCAUCUUUUACGGUUCUGAGUUCAUUAGGACACAAGCACACUCAGAUACUCAACCACCACACAGACUACAAAUCAUCUUUCCAAGUUGUGCAAACCUGCCAAAUGUUGAGUUUAACUUUUUUAAUUGUUUUAUUUAUUCUGUUUUGUGUUUUUUUGUUUUGUUUUGUUUGUUUUUAAAAAAAUAUUUUUAGCAUAUUUUUUGUGUUUGUUUGUGUCGAUAUAAAUAUUUGCGUGAUUGCAGUUUUUGGUUGAAAUCUGUGGAGUUUGGCAUUGCUUUCAAGGAUUUGCAAGAAGAUGGCAGGUGACAAUAAUGUAAAAGAGCGUUGGCAGCAUCAUGGUAUCCCGCAUUAAUAGCGGAUAAGGUGGCUUCAGUUCUUUUUUUUUCAAAUGCAUCACAUGAAAGAGAGUUUGUGUUGUUGCGAUAUGUUAUCAAGCAGUAUGAGUAUUUUAACGAUAAAGAAAAAAAUCAGAUACAUUUGAGGAGAAAGCACAAAAAUGGCCCAUUUAAAGCUCGCCAGUGCAGAACACUCAACAACAGGAACGUGAAAACAUUGCCUUUCAGCAUCAUUAAUAACAGCAAUUAAAGCCUAAAAUAAAAACAAUUAGCUGUGCUUGUGUGCUGUUAUCUGCUAACAUCAUUUUCACUCAAUAUGGGCUUGUAUUUUUGUGCAGGCAGGAACUCGUGCUUUUUUUUUUCUCACCUUCCAUAUCUGCAACCCCACAGCCAUUGCAAUUGUUUUUUUUCCAAUUUGAAUGAUAAGUACACUUGUGUGCCGCAUUUACAUAAAUGCUAUUUAUUUGUGUUGUGUAAAAGAAAAUAAAAAAAAAACUACAGUUAUAAUGGCAUGCUUGGUGAGUGAUUGGAGAAAAGCAGUUGAACAUCAAUGUACUUAUCUUGACUUGGUUUACACAAGGAAUGUUAAAUGAUGUCUAUUGCUGUACUAAAGCAACG